GUGCUAUAUGAGAGGUAAAAAGAGAGAAGUUACUCCAAACACAGUUAAAACAGCUCAGAUACGGGAAGAGAAACUUACACAAUGGUCACAUACGGAAAGAAAGAAUUACUCUACUUUUUCAUCUUGUUUAGUCUUAUUAUAGGUGUUGAACGCUGCAGCAGUGUGUCAUAUAAUAGAUUAACUGUUAAGACUGGAGGAUCUGUCACCAUCCCAUGUCAUUAUGAUGAGAAAUACACACAGCAGAAGAAAUACUGGUAUUCAGAAAAUAAUAAGUCCAGUACAUACACAAACACAACAGAGGAGAAUCUGUCAGUAAUUGAUCAUCCUGAUCAGAGUCUCUUUACUGUGACUAUAAGAAACCUGCAGAGCACAAAACAUGAUGGAAGCUAUUAUUGUGCUCUGAAGAUUGAAGGAAAACUGACUGUCAUAUAUGAUAUUUAUCUGGAUGUUCUAUCUGCUCCUGAUGUGUCUGUGGUGAACAGCAGUGUAUGUGGACAUGAAGGUGAUGAUAUCAGUGUUCAGUGUUUCUACACGUUAGGAUAUAAGAAUAAACUCAAACAGUGGUGCAGAUAUAAAGAUCAGAGCUGUUACACAGUGGGGAGGACUAACACAUCCCAGAAUUCAUCAGUCCAGAUCAGUGAUGAUGGGAGAAGAUCCUUCACUGUGCUGAUGACUGGACUGAGACUCACUGAUUCUGGCUGGUACUACUGUUCUGUAGGAGAGGCACUGAAUCCCAUUCAACUCACUGUCAGUAAAGUAUUGCACAUGGAGCGUUUCUGUUUGUCACAAAACUAGAGGAAUUUUCUCCACAUCGACCUGAAGGAUCAAAUGAUUAUACAUGUUGAUAAUGAGCUCUAUAUUAUGCUUUUGAUUUGUUUAUUCAACAGACUAGACUUAACCCUUGUGCUGCAUUUGGGAAAUUUUUGGUCAUUAAUGCACUCAACGGCGUAAAAUAUUUAAUGCAGCACAAUGGUUAAGGUGUCUGUGUGUGGAAAACAUUAGACAUCUGUUUGCUAAAUGACCAAUGUGUAUUUUUUUUCAAAUGUCACUUUUCAUUCAAAAGGUGGAUUCUUCUAAUUACUAAUAAAAAGUUUAGUUUCUCUCUCCCUCUUGCUCUCUGUCAUGAUUAUUAGAAUCAAUUAAAAGUUGUCCAUUAUUACAAUUGUUAUUAAAUCAAACUUAAAGGUGCUGUAUACCACGCUCUCAGAAAAAAAAGGACAAAAGCUGUCAUGCUUUCAAAUGGUACUCUAUAUACUACUAAAGAAUGCACCUAAAGUGUUCACAGAAGUACUUUUUAAAAUGUCACAGUGUCUGGGUUGUGUUCCCUGGGUAUCCACUAGAUGUCCUCCUUCCCCACGGUGUCUGUCACUUCAUUAACCACAUUCCUCACGUCUCUGCAUAAAUCAUUGCACCCAGCUGUCACUGAUUAUCAAUCAUUACAUUCUGUCAAUUCCCCAAUAGCGUUUGUCUCUCCCUGUGUAUUUAUACCCGGUCUGUCUUAGUAUGUGUGACGGAGUCCUUGUUUAAUUCAUGUCCGUCACUUAUCGUGCCCUAGCCUUGUGUCCUUGUUUGUUUUUUG